AUGGAAGAUCCUCGUCCUGACUACAAGGCGAUCUUCACCCAGAUCACCGUGAAUCUCUCCAACACACUGACUACAUUCGGUCCUCGUUCACCACAAUACAAGUGUGUUGUGGAGAUGCUCAAGGAGUUUAUGAGGCGUGUGGAGAAGGAUAUUAAUGAGCGCAAUCGACGCGAGCUCGAUCCCGAUAUGUUGAGCACUGCUAUGGAGUUCUUGAAAAUUGGGGAGGAAAGAUGA